UGUAUCUCCAUGAUGUGGACAGUCUUCAGCCUGGUCCUUGUCAGCUCCCUUUUCGUACUCAAAAGCGAAGCACUGCAGUGUUACACCUGUGUAGGUUCUAGUGAUGAAGACUGUAACAGACAAGGAACUCAGCAAUGUCCAGGGCAUUCAGAUGCGUGCGCCGUCAUUAGAGGACAAGCAAGUGGCGUUAUGAAGUCCUGUUCGUUCCGGUCCUUCUGCGAGCGGGCGAGGAGGGACGGAUCCAGAGCGCCGGGAGUGAGCGUUCACUGCUGCUACUCAAACAACUGCAAUGCAAAAAGCCUGGCUCCAAGAGUCACCGCCUCCGCGAGCUACUUCUCUCUCCUCGUCUUCACAUUGCUGUGGCACCCGUUGUUGAAGCUGACAUGAGGCAGGGGAAGAAUCGAGUAUCCUGAAGUAACAAGUCUACCUUUAUAGAAAGGGAUGAUUAUAUUUCCUAAUCACGUUACUCCAUGCACCAUAUUUCUCGGUAGGCAAA